AUGUCGGCCGACACUUUUGUUGAAGUCAGUGGAGCAGGGAAGAAGUUAGCAGAGAAGAGUGUCGCCACCAAAUUUGCCAUAGACUUCUUGGCCGGAGGUGCAUCAGCUGCUUUGGCUAGGACUAUUGUGGCCCCGAUUGACAGAGUGAAGUUGCUGUUACAGCUGCAGGUUGGUUUACCUUCUUUAAAACUAUAUUUGAUUUAGCACGCUCAACAAACAAUCGCUGAAGACAAACGCUACAAGGGUAUCGUGGACUGUUUCGUACGGGUAUUCAAGGAACAAGGUCCAGUUACCUUCUGGAGAGGGAACGGUGUCAAUGUCAUCAGAAUCUUCCCUCAACAAGCUCUCAACUUUGCUUUCAAAGACGCGUACAAAUUAGGGUUUAACAAAGUAAGGACAAAGUUAAAUAUUUUUUAUCAAAAUUAAGUUUCAAUUCGUCAAUAAUAUUUUAGGAUGUAGACAAAAAAACUCACUUCUGGAGAUUCUUUGCGGGUAACCUACUGUCAGGUGGCUUUGCUGGUGCCACUUCCCUUUGUUUUAUUUAUCCCUUGGACUUUGCACGUACUCGACUGGCUACAGACAUUGGAAAAGGAGACUCCCGAGAGUUUAGAGGAUUCAGUCACUGUGUCUCAUCGAUUGUUAAAAAAGACGGCAUUAAGGGACUCUACAGAGGCUUCAGCUCUUCCGUACAAGGCAUCUUUAUCUACCGGUAG